AUGGAUAAAAAACCAUGCAAAUCUCAAGAUGUUGAAGUGAGAAAAGGACCAUGGACCAUGGAAGAAGAUUUGAUUCUCAUCAACUAUAUUGCCAACCAUGGUGAAGGUGUUUGGAAUUCUCUUGCAAAAGCUGCAGGGCUGAAACGUACCGGAAAAAGCUGCCGGCUCCGGUGGCUAAACUACCUUCGACCGGAUGUCCGGAGAGGCAAUAUCACUUUCGAGGAAGAACUCUUGAUCAUGGAACUGCAUGCUAAGUGGGGAAACAGGUGGUCUAAAAUAGCAAAGCAUCUGCCUGGAAGGACAGAUAAUGAAAUAAAAAACUAUUGGAGGACUAGAAUCCAGAAACACAUUAAUAAGCAAGCAGAAAUUUGCUCUUCUCAGAGUAAUUCCGAGUUACUUGAUCAUCAAGCAAGCACAAGCCAAUUGCCUAGCAAUAGUACUGCAGAUUUCAUGGAAACGUACUCUCCAUCAUCAUUUAACCAUUGCAACAACAUUGAAGCAUUUCCAGGAGGACAACAGAUGACAGUUGAAUCAUCAAAUCAAGAAAGCUAUUGGAGCAUGGAGGAUAUCUGGUCCAUGCAGUUGUUUAAUGGUGACUAAAUAUAUAUUAUAU